UCUCAUCGUUCUCUCCAGAGAAACCCUAAAUUAAAAAAAAACCGAACUCACAUUUCCUCUCUCUGUUUCCUAUAUAUAUCGCCAAUCGGUGAGGCGUUGGCCUUUUUCCACAGAUCCCGACGACGAGGACGACGAAGAAGAAGAGCGCUUUUCCCCUUGUCGGUGCUCGUCUUUCAGCUUGAACCAUUGAAGGGUGUAGUUUGGGAUUCAGUACUCAGGGUUUAAAUUUAAACUACGUAGAGAAGGUUAUAAUUGCUUUCCGUUGGACGUUUGGGGUCUCAUGAGAAUUGUCAGGGGAAUGCAGAGAUCCUUCGUUUGUGGCGAGGAGCUUAACACACUUUGUUGGAAGAAAUCCUUCUGCCAAGGAAUAGGGAUCACUGCGCCCAAGGCUAGAACACGCGAUAAACACAUGUCAGCUGGUAUCUUUUUAUGCCUCUAAGUUUUGUUCAUCUGGGAGAGUAGUGAAGACGGUCCCUGAACUUGAAUAAGUACUUCAAAUAAUAUAAUUUCACAAGCGAGAUGACUCGGAUUUUGGUCCAGCGAGGCAGUAGUUCUUCUUCUUCUUCAAACCAGAGCAGAGCAGGGUCUUCAUCGGCUGCUCGUCCUGAAACCCAGGCUACUGCUACUACCAACCAAGUUCUUCCGGCUGUGAAAGAUGAGGAAAUAAUUGAUGAGGUGCAGGAGCAGAUUGGUGUAGGUGAAAUCUCCCAGGAGCAAUGUGGAAUUAGUGAAAAUAAAGCGGUGAAGAAUGACGAUCUUCCAGAGUGUGAACAUGGUGAGAGAAAUAAAUGUUUGAGUGACGAUGCUGGUGAUUGUGGGGGAGCACUCAGUGAUGAUAUUCUAGGGUGUGGAGACACAAUAAAAGGAGAAGAGAGGGCAAUUGGAAGGUCUGAGGUAGAGGGCGAAAGUUCAAGUAGUGUUCUUUCCCCUGCGAUUACUGUACGUAGUCAACCACCUCCUCCACCUGUCCCACCUCCCAAACUGUCAACAGCAAACAAUAAUACAAGGAGAUGCUUAUCUGGAAGUCCUGAUGCUGUUCGAACUGGAUCAUCGAGAAGGGCACAUGCUUGGCCAGUUGUUUCUGCCAGGAGUUCACCAACUGGGUCUAGGCCAUCGUCUCCGAGGUCUCACGUGGAAAAUGAGGGGUAUAAUAGUGCUGAUGAGCAAAAUCCAUGUUUGGCUUCCUCCUACGGUGAUUUGGAAAGGGAGCGCCAAUUUGAGAUCGACAUCAGGAGAUCUAAAGGAUUAGAAGUCAAAAGAAUGUUGGAGGAUGGAAAUUGUCUUUUUCGUGCUGUGGCUGAUCAAGUAUAUGGGGACUCAGAAGCGUAUGAUUUAGUUAGGCAAAUGUGCAUUGACUAUAUGGAACGAGAGAGGGACCACUUUUCUCAAUUUAUUACAGAAGGGUUUUCCUCAUACUGUAAGAGGAAGAGAAGAGACAAGGUUUAUGGUAAUAACGUGGAGAUUCAAGCAAUGUCAGAAAUGUAUAAUCGUCCAAUCCAUAUCUAUUCGUAUAGCACGGAGCCUAUCAAUAUAUUUCAUGGCAACUACAACACUGACACGCCACCCGUGCGGCUGAGUUAUCAUCAUGGUAACCAUUACAACUCUCUUGUUGAUCCACGGCGUUUGACUGUUGGUGCUGGACUUGGUUUUGGCUCUCUUCGAGGGAGAAAUGUGGACAAGGAUCAAGUCAAAGCUGCUAUCAAGGCUCAGCAGGACCAGCAGAUUGAUAAUGCACUUGUAGCUGAAGGGCGGUUUUACUCUGAUCUUGAGCUUACUGAGAAGGAGAUGGAACGUAUGGUGAUGGAAGCUUCUCGAGCCGAGUAUAUUGCCAACGACAAGUGGAAACUGCAAGUUGGCCGUAAAGAAUCAUCAUCCUCGGGCGCGGAACCAUCGUCCUCUGGAACUUGGUCUGCCGGGAGUGAGACAAAGGCUGAAGGGGCUCGAGCACCCGGUCCCCCUGAUGGUGGGGGACUCAGCAGCAGCAUGCAAAUGGUGCUGUCGAUGGGAUUCAGCUAUCUGCAAGCGAUUGAAGCUUACAGCAUAUUUGGGGAUGAUGUCGAUUCCAUGGUCUGUUACCUAUUGGAAACUGACAGUAGCAGCAGGCGCAAAGGGAAGGCAACUGAGUGACCCGUCUCUAUUUUCCCCACUUCGCCCCUGCCGUUACUUACCACUGCCACCCCCGAGCAAUUCAAUCAAGCAGGUGGAGAGAAUUGGUCGCUAAUCUAUUCGAUGGUUGUAUGCUUUACCACGCUAUUUACCCUGUAAUGCUAGAAACAAAGAGGUGUUUGGUCCAUUUUCUCUAGCCGAAGCUUGUCAAAAUCUGAAAGAUGUUUGCUGAGAAUCUAAUCAAUAUAAAUUUAUGCUCUUAAUGUUGAAUCGACAAUGCAACCUGUUCUUGUGCCAUUUGUUCCAUGUUCAUGGCGCCUUAUCUGUAACAAGGUCUCUUCUAGUAAAGUCACAUAUGUGCUUGGCGGCAUCCAAGUGUUGGCCAAAAGCAAAGCAAUCUCUAGAAGUGGGUUAAUUGCAUGGUUGGUCA